AUGGUGAAAAAGAAGGGUGGAAGAGCAAAACGCUUGUGCACACCAGAGAAUGUUGCAAAAGUGGAAGAAGCCUUCAGCCGAAGUCCCAGGCGUUUUGCACGCAAGCAAGUCCUGCAACUUGGCAUAACCGAUUGCAGCAAUAGUUCACCGGUUCAGCCCUCCAAAGAGCGACAGCUAUCGCUGUUGCAAGACUGGCGGGACAAGUGUUUGCUUUCCAUGAACGACUCCUUGAUUUCUGACGGUGAUGGUACUUUCUGUCCACAGACAUGGGACGGUAUCUACUGUUGGCCGCAUGCAGCAGCCGGAACAUUAGUUGUGCAGCCUUGUCCGGAAUACGUAUACGGAUUCAAUCCAAACGCUUCAGCUACCAAGUUUUGUUCGAAAGACGGCACCUGGUGGACAAAUCCGAAAACAAAUCGGACCUGGACGAAUUAUUCCUUGUGUGAGCUGAGCAGUGACUCAAAUGAGGAAUCAGGUUUUAUUGUACACGUUCCAGUCAUCAAGGCCAUUUCCCAGGUUGGCUACUCCGUGUCCCUCAUCCUGCUUGUGAUUGCAUGCCUCCUGCUUGCCAGUGUCAGACGGCUCCGCUGCCCUCGGAACAACUUGCACCUGCAGCUGUUCGCUUCGUUCAUUCUCAGAGCCUCAGUUUCUCUUUUGAGGGACAUCGCCUACAAGAACAAACUGGAACAGGAAAGCGUGGUCUGCAAGUCCCUGACAAGUAUUUGGCAAUACUGCCUAGCAGCCAACUACUGCUGGAUUCUGAUGGAAGGACUGUAUCUUCACAACCUGGUGUUCCUCUCAAUGUUCACAGACACUGCCAGCAUUCUGAGCUAUGCCCUCUUGGGAUGGGGACUGCCGCUGCUUUUUUUGGUUCCCUGGGUAAUAGUGAAAGCAAUGCUUGAAGAUAAUCUAUGCUGGACCGUGAACGAAAACCCUCAUUACUUCUGGAUCAUCCGGGGGCCUAUAACUGCUUCCAUCAUAUUGAACUUAAUCUUCUUCAUCAAUAUCACAAGAGUUCUAUUUUUGAAGAUGUUUUCAUCACAAGCCAUCCAAAGUCGCCGAUACAGGUACAGGAAAUGGUUCAAAUCUACACUCGUGCUCGUGCCCUUGUUCGGAGUCCACUAUGCUCUCUUACUGACGGUCAGUCUAGCUGCAGGUCUUAGUGAAACUCUGGAGAUUACCUGGCUUUACGUGGACCAAACAUUCUCUUCAUUCCAGGGUUCGUUCGUGGCUUUACUAUAUUGCUUCUUAAAUGGAGAGGUGCAAAGCGAAGUGAGAAAGGGAAUCGAACGAUUAAGGAACAAGGAUAGUCAACAUCGUCAGCAUUCCAUUAUAACUCACUCACUGACUUAUCUGAGUAAAGGGCGUUCCUCCGUUCAGUCCAUGCACACGAUACCAGAACGGAAGGAGAUCCGGAAGAAUGGAGACAUGCCCCUCGUCCUGCAAGCAAUACCCAACCUCAGAAACGACCAGGAGGACUGGGCUACUCCUACCGAGCGUCAGCUGCAGAGUGAGAGUCUGCUGUAGAUGAGAUUUAUUGUUAUUUCUGUAUGCAAAAGGACUAUAUGUUUUGUUUGUCUGCUCAAGGAUUUUCGGGAACCUUUUUACUGAGAUCUCCAAAAUACUUUACAUUCACCGGACCAAUUCACAUUUCUUUCAUUAGGUGUUUGUUUAUUGCGCAGCGCGCAGUUUCAUCUCGUUGAAUAGAAUAUAUAACCUUGAACAUAUCGUUCUGGGGAAAACUGGUGUUCUUUAUGAGCUUCAUUCUAAAAUUUGAUCGGAUAAAGAUGAAAGCUUCUUUCAUGAUCUUUAAACAAAAAAACAUCAGUACAAAUAACCAGUAAAAUGUUAUUGUUGGCUAUAGUCUGGUUGGGAAGAAGGUACAGCUUUAUUAAGGUAUGUGCCUACCCUAAAUUCGUCGUUUUGGUGAAAAUUUUCGAAUUUUUUUUUAUUUAUUCAUUUGAUAGGCCAUAUACGAGUAUAGGUUUCCAGAAAUGCUUUAUUUUUGUUUUUACGAUAAAUAGAAGCAAAGUUAUAGUAUAAAAAGUAAACCGAAAGUGAAUUUUUGGAUGCCGGAAGUUUGCAUUUAAAUGGUCGUAAAAAU